AUGGAAGAUAGUGAAUUGCAAUAAACGAUAGCAGGAUAAAGAAAAAAUUCACAUAUUGAUGAAAUAUAGCAUACUCGAACAACAAUUGAAUAAAAAUGUUCUUUGUUUGAUUUUGUUUUUAAAUAUAGUUGGAAUAGUUUUAUUGAUCAGGAUGCUUGUAUUCGCAGGGGAUUCAAGGAGUCAUUGCAAUGUUCGUAUUGGGGGGGAUAUGUCUUCUUCCUGGGAUCUAUGCUAUGCAUCACAUCAUAAAGGCUUGUAGAGCUAAAAACAUAGACGAAAGGGAUCGAGCUUUGGAGGAUGUUCCAGAAUGAUAUAUAUUCAAUUAAAAUCCAAUAUUACUUUUAAUAUUUAUAACUUAUGUUCAUCUUGACUGUGCUAGAGGGAAUGAUCUUACUGUUUUAUGUAGGAUACUUGGUUCGAGAGUACUCGCAAUAGCAAGUGCCUUUCUAUGUAAAGUUGUUAACAUACAUCUCAUGGAUCCUUUCUUUUGGGAUUGUGUUCAUCAUCCCCCACGAUAUCUAUUAUACUAUGAAUGAUUAUGGCGAUGGCUAUGAUUAUACGGUGUUAUUAUGGAAAUGGAUAUAUUGGGGCAACUUCAUAUUGUGUUGGCUAAUAUUACCAAUUUGCUAGGAAUAUGAAGAUGCCGGUGAAUUCAAUUGCAAAGACAAAUUGAUAAGAUCUAUUAAGAACAAUUUAAUUAUCUAUGCUUAUUUUUUAUUGUUUGGUUUAAUCUUUAUUGCCUACCUGGCCAUAUUCAACAAACUGGACUUUGACUCAAUUUUAAAAGUCUUGGUUGCUUUAGCUUAUGCUUUUGGUAUCCUCCUAGUCGUUAUACUGUUGGGACAUGGUUUAGUAGCUAUCCCAAGAGAAUAUUGGAGGAAAGCACAGUAUCAGAAAUGCUUAAAGGCCCUCUAUUUAGAAGCUGCCCAAAUUAAUCAUGCUAUCUAAGAACUAUAUACAUAGUUAUUCAAUAUGACUAUUGAAUUGAUAUAAAAUAAACAAAGCAAUCCGAACUAACAAUGUCUGGACUAUAUUUUGAACGAAAUUCCAUAUGAAAUAAUUGAAGAUGCUUCUCAUAAGAUCUUGGACAUCAGUGAAGUUAAAUAAUUAUCAUCCUUUUGUGAGAUUAAUAAGAAAGCCAAAAAGAAGGCUGCUGAAUACAAGAGAGCUUAAACUAAAUGGGAACAUAUCUGCAGUGAAUGCUUUCUAUUAGAAGAUAUGAUUGAUAAUGAAUUCAGUGUGCAUUACAAAAUUAGAUCAACUCUUCGAUAUCCAAAAUCUGGACAAUUUGGUCACUACAUUGAUAUAUUAUAAUGGUUAUGGUACACAAAGAUAAAGAAAGCCUAUCUAUUAUCUUUGUGUGUGAUAUUCUCAAUAUUAUCUAGCAUUGUAAUAUUGUCAGAGAUAUCAUGCUUUACUGAAUUUGACUUCAAUAUUCUGAGUAGAAUAAUCAAUAUCAAUGGAUUCAUGCAUACUUAAAUAUCAAUCUUAAUACCUUUGAUGUAUAUAUCUUUUUGUGCUUUUUAUGGACUAUUUCACAUUAACUUUGCUGGAAUGUAUGGCUUUUAUAAUCACUAAUAAACCGAUGCUCCAAGCUUGAUGUUUGGUUCAAUUAAUUUUUCAAGAGUAUCUUUUCCGUUGACUUUUAAUUUCCUACAAAUGAUACAUAUUUAAGGCACUCCUUUUGAAGAUGUGGUUGGCAAUAUGGAUACUAGUUCCGUGUUAGGGAUGUCAUUCUCUUAUUCAUUGCCUAUACUAUUGAUUAUGGUUUCGAUUUUCAAUUUCUUUGAAGUCUACGAUAAAAUACUGUAAGUGGUAGGAUUGCCUUAAUUCAAAUUCUCGUAAACUUAGUUUAACAGUGAGGAGGGAGAGCGAUUGAUUUGCAAGGCGAGAGUGAAGAGAGAGAGAGAUGUAUUGAAUAAGGUUGGCAUAAAAUUUUUGGAUUAAUGUGAAAUGCGGGAAUUGGAUAGCAGAAUGAUUUAAUUUGUAUGA